UGAAAGGACGAGCUUCAAUACUACGUUAUGUGAACUCGGUGUUCCGCUCAGUCGAUAGCCGGACUUGGCCCUGAUUGGAUCCAGGCACAGUAAUUUUCACUACCAUACUUCUCUAUUUCCGUAAUAAUAAUUAUUAAGACUGCUUACUUUCACUCGACAUGCUGAGGGAAACGUUGUUCGUUUUCGCGGCUCUCGUCGUCGUCCUUGUCUCCGCAACACAGGUUAAUCAGUGUAAUGAUAUACCGUACGAGGAUGCCAAUCAGGUGAAAAUAUCUGGCUGCGACUCUCCACCAUGUAAUUUGAAAAGAAAGACUCGAGUUAGCAUAGAACAAUCUUUCGUAGCUGAAAAUGAUGCCAAUGAGCUGUUGACGUCUGUUCAUGCUACGUUACUGGGUAUUGACUUGCCCUUCAUAGGCGUAGAUGGUACGAAUGCGUGUGAUAAUAUCUAUGAUGUCGAUAAUAACAAAGUCGGAUGUCCUGUGAAGAAAGGUACAAAGUAUAUUUACAAAACUGAUUUUCCCAUAUUGGAAAUAUAUCCAAAGGUUAAUUUAAUUGUAUACUAUGCCUUACGAAAUGGAAAUGAUAUUAUCACUUGCUUCAAAGUACCCGCAAAAAUUACUGCUUAAUAUGUAGUUAUUUCCAUUUAUUCGUUAUAUUUUUUAUUUAAGAAUUUUUUUAUGGACUUCUCUGGUAGAUAAUUGGAAAAUAUAUGAUAUCGUUCGUUUUUUAAAAAAAAAACCUAUAGCAUAAGUCGUUGAAAAGGACGAAGAUUAAACGUUUCAAUUUUAGAUGAUUCGCCUUGUCUCGUACCUGCGAGUAUGUUUUAGGAAUAUAAAAUGUAUAAAUAUAUGUAUAUAUAGAUAUAUGCAUAUAAAAUAACAUAAUAAAACUUUUGUGUAAAUCUU